CCUGCAAAACUGCAGAGGUCCCCACUCCUCUACACACACCUCCAGCACGCCGGCUGUGUGCGCGCGCGCGUGUGUGUGUGUGAGUGUGUUCGUUAGCGGGUAGAUCAGGCUGGAGGCUGGAUCCCGCAUCCCUGGCGAAGUGGAGGGGAAGUUUAACGCGGUGUUCUGGACGGGUCAGUGAAUGAUGGAGCCGUGCUGGACGCACGCCGCGCUCCGCGCUCCGACUCUGCGGGACUGAGACUCAGUUUUCAAUGAGUGGAGCUGCUGCCGAGGCGCCGCCAGUCGAGUUCGAUGGGAUCGCCGCUCCACGCAGCGCGCGCGAUGUCUGCCACCUUCGCCCCUCUGCUGCUAGCAGUGUUGGGUGUGCUACAUGUGAGUGGGCAAACGGAGAUGAAGCGAGUGGUGGGUGACAACGCCACGCUGCCCUGCCACCAUCAGCUAUGGCAGGGCGACACCUCACUGCUGGACAUCGAGUGGCUUCUGGUCAAGCCCAACGCCAAGCAGAAAGUGGUGAUCACAUACUUUGCGGGCCGCACCUACGACCCCAAUGAGGGCGACUCGGGCCGGCUGUCGCUCGCGGGCGACUAUCUCAAAGGGGAUGCCUCACUGAUGAUCAGCGACCUCUCGCUCAGCGACUCGGGAGAAUACAGCUGCAAGGUCAAGAAUGGGGGAAAGUACCACUGGAACACGGUCAACCUCAUCGUGCUCGUGAAACCGUCGAAGCCUCGCUGCUGGAUGGAGGGCCGGCUGUUGGAAGGCAGCGAUGUGAAGAUGAGCUGUAAAUCAGCGGACGGUUCCGAUCCCAUUCACUACAAAUGGGAGAGGGUGCUGGACAAGGGCAAAUAUGUGGGCAAGCUGCCCCCUCAUGCUCUCCUGGAUCUGAAGAAUCCGGAAAUUGUGACGCUGAGGAAUCUCACUAGAGAAAGUGCGGGAGUCUACAAAUGCACAGCAAGCAACGACGUGGGGGAGGAGAGCUGCACCGUGGAGGUCAAAAUCCACUAUGUGCGGGGAAUGGGUGUGGUGGCUGGCGCUGUGGUGGGCGUGUCCUUUGGCGUCCUGCUCAUCAUCCUCAUCGUGUGGCUGGUCUUCCGCAAGAAGGAGAAGAAGAAGUACGAAGAGGAGGAGACGCCCAACGAAAUCCGGGAGGACGCAGAGGCUCCUAAAGCUAAGCUUGUGAAGCCCAACUCUCUCUCCUCAUCUCGCUCUGGCAGCUCCCGCUCCGGAGCCUCCUCCACCCAGUCCAUGGUGCACAGCAGCGUCCCCCGGGGACCCAAGCCUCGUCCCCCGCCCCCUGUUUCAGCCACCCUGAAGGAGAACGGCCAGCCGGCCACUUUCCCCCAAGCCCCUCCCGCUUACACCCAGGUAAACCCCCCCAAACCCAACCUGACCCAAAACAGCCCCAAACCGAGCCCAUCCAAACUCAGCCCGGCCAACCUGGCUAGAAUGGGGGCCACCCCGGUGAUGAUCCCAGCCCAAACCAAGGCCUUCCAGACUGUCUAGAGUUCCUACACACAUGCAUAUACACGCUACAGUGAGCCUACCACCCCCCCAUCCCCCUCCCUAUAACCCCCAAUCCAAACAGACUCGGACCGCCACGCGCCAUCAAGAGAAAUAAAAGCCCAGUUUACUUGAAGCCCCCCUAAUUGCUGUGUCGCUGGAAACACUACAAGUGGGAAAUAAGAAGUGAUCGGCCCCCCGAUGCAGACAAUAAAGGAAAGCGAUGUCUCCUCCUUUCGCACUCCGUUUUUCUGCUUUUCUUUUCUUCUCUUGGGACGUCAAGGGCAGCACAGCCAAGCGGAACGGCGCCCCCUGUCCACUCCACUUACUUUAUUUUUUUUCCCAACCCUCCCACCUUUAGCCGGAGAGAUGGGCUGUCCACGCUACGCCAUAUUAGAGCGGACAGCUUCCAGAAACGGAAAUAAACGAAGGAGUAAAUGGAAAAAGUGAAGGACUUGUUCUAAACACCUGCUGCUCUCCACCCUACAGCCCUCACUCUCAAAACUGAUGGGUUAAGAAAGCUGGCGCUGUUUUAACUCAUCAUGACUCACGUUACUUUUAACUAGGGGUGUGACCAUACACGUAUAUUUCCACUGGUUUUAUUUUAGUACGGCUGGUUAUGAUGACAGAAUAAUCACAAAACGUUUGUGAUAUCAGACUGACAUAAACUGGAAUAGGAGGCUAUUUACAUGUUGUGUAUAUAUUAAAUGCAUUUAUCUUCUAAAAAAAUGAUUCUUUUAUGCUACUAAAGCAAUAAGCCACAGGACACUGUGCAUUACAGUGCUUUUACCACAGGUCGGAGGUGUUGUUAGGCAUGAGAGUAAGCAGAGUAAAAUCACUUUAAACACAGCUUUGCCAUCUGGAAAAUAAAUACAUGAAAGGGUCUUUAUCAAAUACAUUUGAAAAUGUAUGAAAGUGGCUUAAUAAGUGCUUCAAAUACACUUUGGAAUGAAACAAUGUAUUUAAAUUGUAUUUGGCAUAGAAACUACAUGUUUUUUCUGUAUGGGUGUGGCUUAUUGCUUUAUACAAUGGCGAUAACAUACAAUAUGGCAAAAUACUCAAACAUUUGAUAAAUAAUUUAAAACUUUCCAAGCUUUCAGUCACUGAACAAACUUUCUUUUUUAAUUCUUAAAAAAUUCUUAUUUUAAAAUGCAAAUGAGGUGAAUGGUGACCAAUCAGUUGAUAUGUGGUGAGGUAACCAACGAUGUCACGUUGACAGUCAUACACUCUUAAGAAAUAACCCUCUGCAUGAUUAAAGGGUUCUUCGCAUUGUAAAAAGGUUCUUCAGAUUGACGGAGAAUGUUUUGUAGAUGGUUCUAUAUAGAGCCUUUUUGAAAAGGGUUAUAUAGCACCAAAAAACCAUUCCACAAAGCCAAAGAACCCUGUUUUUUAUCACUAUAGAGAACCUUUUUUUUAAGAAACAAAGAAAUUUAACACUGAACGCAUAUAGAACAGGAAAUAUGAACUUCAUUAUUAAGGUAGAUGAUUGUUUAAGUUUAAAAAGCAAUAUUAGGCUGCUGUGGGAGUCAGAACUGACCAAUCUUUGUGUGUUUUAGCAACAUGACCCAGUUAUCGGUAAUGAAACUAUGAUAUCCACACACACAUAUACAUAUAUAUACACAAACUGUAUACGAAAACAACCACACGUGGAUCUUUACUAUGUUCAAAUUAACAUACAGUUCAGAACACCUUUACUUUUUCAUCAUUUUUAACCCUCAUAUUAUCUAUAGGGUCAAUUUGACCCCAUUCAAUGUUUAACAUCUAUAAAUAAUUUUUUUUUUUUUUUGGCAAGGAAACAAAGUACCUGACACACAAACUUGAGUAAUAUUUUUAAUUAUUCUCAUUUUCCUGAGGUUUGAGUUGCUGGGGUCAAAUCAACACUAAGUAUAAAAGAUAUUAGUACAUUUAAAGAUAACAAGAGAGUUAACAGUUGCAGUUGCAGUUUCAGUUGCAGUUGCAGUUGCAGUUCUCGGCUCUCCCACUUUCCGCGUCCCUGUCUGCAUUUAAAUUGUAUCGUGAUACAAAAACCCCACAAUACAUAUUGUAUUAUGAGCCUUGUGUAUCGUCACACCUCUAUUUAAUACACCUGUCAACAAACAGGGCAGCAUGUGAGAGACAUGAUGUGUUCUUUUAGAUAAAAUAUGGGUUAAAAUAGUGAUUGCUUAUCAACGCAUCAUUUCUGAGAGUGCUCCAGCAGCCCUGACCGUGAAGUCCAGGACACAAAAUCAAAGAAGCCACACACACCUGAUGUGUACAGUGUGAAUUUAUGCUGAAUAAGUGGUGAAAAUCCUGUAGAAGUGGUUUAUACUGCGAUAGGUCAUAUAGACGAAGUGUACAUUAACAUCCUCUCGUAUGUAUCUUCACUGUCAUCUCAACUUUGACUUGGAGAGUUAUGAACGUCCGUGUCUCAUGCCCUGAAUAAUGUGUCUAUCUUCAGGGUUUAACCGAUUUCGGUUCGUGGAGUUAUGACGACGAGCCCGUGAGCGGCCGGCGUUGCUCAUUUCACUUAAUGGAUCUAGAUGUCUCUGUUUUAACGAUAAAUUUGAAAUGAAUGAACAAGCUUAUGAAUGUGACGAUGGUGCGUACAUUAAUUGGCACUUUUUCUCUUGUUUUUGUUUUUUUUUUAAACCAUUUUAGUCAGUUUGUCUGUUUAUUUCUUUGUCCUUUUUUCAUAAAGAAGGUUAUUACUGUUAGCAGCAAUAAGUUAGAGCUCUUAGAAGUAAGUUGGAUGUCCUUCAAGACUCGUUCUUUUCCGUUUUUCUUCUUAUUUAGACUUCCUAGCAGUAUGAAUCAGGUCAAAUGCCGUUUUGAUAGUAUAAUCGUCGUUUCAUAUACACGCCUGGUUGCUUUUGAGACGCUGUGAAUGGGAGGAAGGAGAGCGUAUGCGUGGAGCCAAGUGAAGACGGAGCCUGUGCUGCUUUCAUAUGAAGUUAUUGGAUCUUUAACCAUGACCUACAUGUGUUGGGAUUUUAUCACGGGCCAACUCUAAUCUUGUACUGUUGAAACUAUGAAACUAUGUCAGAUUUUUCUGUUCAGUUUGAUAUAUUUUAGGAUGGAGGUUGGUGUUCCACUUUUACUAGCGGUUUGUAGUGCCAUUCUUUUCCUCUUUUUCUUCGGUUGAUAGAUCUGGAUGAAGGUAGACCUUCUCACAGAUGCAGUGUUUUAAUAAAAGUGGGUGCUGGGUAUGAUGUGAAACAUUUCCCCCCUGAGACGGUCCAGCUGCUUCAGGCUCCUCAGUUAUGUGGUUAUUGAAUGAAAUAGGGUCAAGAUGUGGGCCACAUGGCAUACAGCUGACCAUGUGAGGCCCUUUAAGUUGUCGUUUGGUGAAAAUUUGCACAAUUUCCCCCUUUUUUUCCAUUUUUAUCAUGUAAUAUGUACAUUUCAUACUAUGGAUCAUUCUACUGAACUGUUUACUUUUAGAUUUUAGAUUAUAAUUCUUAAGCUUUUGUGUGACCCCGUAGCUAAAUUGUGGUUAUUUUGUUAAAACUAGUGAUUGAACAAUCCAGUUGGUCACCGAAACAAUCGUAACUGCCAAAAUUCUACCGAAUGUUUCAGUAGCGACUGCUUUGGUGACAAAAACUCAGAAACACUUGCCAGUACAUGGCCAGCAAACACAGCUAUAAACACCUACCUGUUUCGGUAGUGACCAUUCUUAAUGUUCCACACUGAUUUCCAGACACAUUUGCUUCCAAACAAUGGGAUCUAACCAUGUGGCCAGGGAUGCAGUUUCACUUUCUGCUCGAAAAUGCAGGGGUGUGGCUAAAAUAAAGCUCCGCCCACAUACCAUCUGUUUUGGUAAUGAUAUGAAAAUGUUGGACAGCAUUUUUCAAAUAAAAAUUCAACUCCUGAUAAAUCUAAAUUCGUUUCAUAAAAAAUCAACUAGAUAGGUAAAAUUGAAUACAAUACAAAAAAAAUGAUAAAUAAAGUAUUUUUCACAAGUGUAAAUUUAGCCAAUAGAUGUUGGCACAGAAACCUCCCAGUAGAAGACAACCUACGAAAGAUAGUGUAUAUAUUUAGCUUAUUACUAUCUCUAGUAAUGCCGUAUGUUUAAAUAGAGCUCAACAUAAUCCUUGUGCAAGACUUGAAUACUUAAUUUUUUUUAAUAGUUUUGUAACUAGUUUGGUAGGGUGGUCCAUAUAGCAGUGUUUAAUGCCGAAAUUUUCCCCUUAUAAGUACCCUUUUCUUAUCAAAUUCCCACCGCAAUGGUUACACUGUUUUCUGCUAGCUUCACUAUGGGAUUCCCUGUGUUAUGUUAGCCUCAACAAUUCUGCUCAUCGCAGACCUACCAAGAAAAAAGAUAUUUGAUGCCUGUGAAACAUUCGAAUCCUGUUAAACGUAUGUACGAUAUUUUUUCAUAGUGUCUUUAGGUCUCUUGCAACAAAACAAACAAUGACAGCGUAAACCGUAGAGCGACAGAAGAGCUGAGGGUCAAGAAGAGCACCAAAAAUCGAUGCUUAUAUCAGGGAAUUUUGAAGAGUUUGAAUGGCGAGAUGAUCUCCUCCAUCUGUCCUGCAUGACUACCGCCAGCCUAGCUAAGUAGCUGCUGAGGCCUACGUUGUUAGGCAGCUAGGUUGGUGAUGUCUGGACAUAGAAACCUGAUCCAAUUCCAAACAACAGCGUGGACAGUCACCUCAAAAGAUCCUGAGAAGCAGUCUGAACACAGCCUCGCCGACUCCAAGUGAGAAAUUGUGUAAAUUUGCAAACUAUGGGUUUAGGGAUGCUCACUUUGCUUGUGGUUUGAAGGCAAAAGGACUUUUCAAAGGCUAGCCACUGUGCUCAGUAGAGCCUGGUGGUAUGACGGGGGGCCUGAAGGCUGGAUCUGGAUUACCUCAACCUUCAUCAAACAUUCAUCAGACUCUAAACACAGGGUGAACGAACCAAGGACGCCAUUGGGUUCUCCAGGCUCUGCAUUAGUUCUCGUUCAUCCUUAAGCUCGGUCGAUUCCUCCAGCUUCCUGACAACAUUCCACUCCUCCUCUUCUCUUGUCAGAGUUGCUGGAACUAUGAGACGGAACAACCAGCGAGCUACAGGAGCUUCUUCUUCUGUUUUGUAGUUUUGGUUUCUAUUUUUUACUGCAGUAUGUAUCGGCCACUGCAGACGAAUCUGAAUACUGAAUAUCGGACCCCAGUGUUAAAUACCAUGUAUAUGAAACCUAGGAGAACGUGCAUCUGUGCAUUUGAAAGCAAUGGAACUGCAUGUUACAGGGAAAGAUCAUUGCCUCAGUGCUAAUAUAUCAUAUAUGAAGAAAUGAUAUUGAAAAAAAAAGUUGACGACUGUGAAUAAGGGUAAUUCUUUUGCAUUUUACUUUCGAUUUCAACUGAAUGACGCUGAUUGAUAAUUAUACUCAAAGUUUGCACAUUUGAUUCUGGUUUUUAUGGUUGGUUUCAGCCUGUUUGGGAUCAAUUUGAGAAUUUUGUGAUUCCUUCUGUCUUAAAAGUGUUCCUGACUUGCUUCCAUUGGUCACCGGCCCACCACGUGUAUAUACCUUCACUCAUUUAAAGUGUAUAUUUGUACAAUAUCUUAACUACUCUUUGGUUUGUAAUAAAGCAUUCAAUGGCAAGUCAA